ACGGCGGCGCCAAAAUCUCGGCUGCUGCGCCUCGCUACGGGGUCUCCCGUCCGCAGGCACGCGGCGCAUUUCGCUUUCCAGCCGGACCCAGAACCCACCCAGUAUGGCCAGACACAGAAAAUGAACCUUUUCCAGUCUAUAACAAGUGCCUUGGAUAAUGCGUUAUCCAGAGAUCCAACUGCAGUAAUAUUUGGUGAAGAUGUAUCCUUUGGUGGAGUCUUCAGGUGCACUGUUGGCUUGAGAGACAAAUAUGGUAAAGACAGAGUGUUCAAUACUCCUUUGUGUGAACAAGGAAUUGUAGGAUUUGGCAUUGGAGUUGCAGUCGCUGGUGCUACGGCAAUUGCGGAAAUCCAGUUUGCCGACUAUAUUUUCCCUGCCUUUGAUCAGAUUGUUAAUGAGGCAGCAAAGUAUCGGUAUCGCUCUGGAGAUCUCUUUAAUUGUGGAAGCCUCACAAUUAGGGCUCCUUGGGGUUGUGUGGGUCAUGGUGCAUUAUAUCACUCUCAGUGCCCGGAAGCCUUUUUUGCUCAUUGUCCAGGACUAAAGAUUGUUGUUCCAAGAGGUCCUGUUGAAGCUAAAGGACUGUUGCUAUCAUGCAUAGAAGAUAAAAAUCCUUGUAUAUUCUUUGAACCUAAAAUACUGUACAGAGCAGCAGUGGAGCAAGUCCCUGUGGAACCGUACUACAUUCCACUUUCUCAAGCAGAAGUGCUUCAGAAUGGAAGUGAUGUUACACUGGUGGCUUGGGGUACCCAGGUUCACGUUAUCAAAGAGGUAGCGCUUAUGGCUCAAGAAAAGCUUGGUGUGUCCUGUGAAGUAAUUGAUCUGAAAACAAUUCUGCCUUGGGAUGCAGAGACUGUAUGCAAGUCAGUGGCAAAGACUGGAAGAUUGCUGAUCAGUCAUGAAGCCCCUAUUACAGGAGGUUUUGCAUCUGAAAUUAGCUCCACAGUUCAGGAGGAGUGUUUCUUGAAUCUGGAGGCUCCUAUUUCAAGAAUAUGUGGUUAUGAUACUCCAUUUCCUCACAUCUUUGAGCCAUUCUAUAUCCCAGACAAAUGGAAAUGCUAUGAUGCACUUCGGAAAAUGAUUAAGUAUUAAUCAUGCAGGUGAGGGAGGUAAGAAGAACAAGAAGAAAUUGCAGUUGCCAUCAAUGGAGCUUUUAGCAUUAAACUGGGUUUUUUAUUUUUUAUAAAGAAGAACUAUGUGAGAUUAUUUUCUCAGAUUUAUUAUUCUGGAUAUUCAUUUCGGCUAUUCGUCAAAAGCUCAAAAUUUCUGCCAACUGUGGAAUCAAGAUUGGGUAGGUGAUUGCUGUACAAUAUUGACUGAUUUCCCCCUCCUUCACUGCACUUUUCAUGUUAAUGAGACUGCUAAAAUACUUUAACAGAUACAUUUAAGCCUUUGGUUGCACUCAAUAAACAUUCUGCAAUCAAGAGGACUUUGCUUUGCUUUUUUUUGUUGCCUUAAUUGAUAAAUGUA